UUUGAAACGCGACGACGAGAAGGCGACGACGACGACGACAGCGCAACUUGUAGCAGUGAAAAUAUUUAUACAAAUAAUUUACUGUGUUAAAAAUCGAAAUACUUAUUAAUUAAUUAAAGUGAAAAUGUAAACGCAGUGUUUGCCAAUGAAAUGAAAUUCAUUUAAAAUGUAUUUCAACGCAAUAACUCGCCGUGAAAAUUUCGUCGUACAGGCAAAAAAGAGCCGAUUUUUAGUGGAAGAAGAAGAAGCAGCAGCAGUGAAGGCAGUAAAAGCAAUCGUCGACAACGACGACGAAUACACGGACAAAGCGCAGUGCGAAUGAAAAGCGUGUAAAGAGAAAACUUGCAAAAAUUACAGCAACAACAAUAGCGAGGCGAAAAGUGUGUUUAGAAAAGAAAUUAAAAACACACACGCACAUACACACAAACACACAUACUUAUGCAUAUGCAAAUACAAACGCAAUUUUGAGAAUUGGUGCAAAACGUCGACUGGCGCGCGGUUUAAUAAUAAACAGUUAUAUGUAUGUAUGUUGCGCGAAAACAUAUGAAGCGCCGCAAAAUACGAAAAAUCAAUGAAAUUGUAAUAAAAUUCCGUAUUUUGCUCUCUUUAUCCUCAAUUUCUGUCUCUACCGUUCGCUCGCUGUGUGCGACCUCUCUCUCCCUCUGUCUCUCUCUCUCUCUCUCUUGUUGAUUUUGUGAUAAAAUUGCAAACAGCAGCGACCACAACAAUAAAAACAAUUUGCCAACCAAAAAGCAGCUCAAGUACAUAAUACAAUACAUAUAUAGUUUAACAUACAAGUGGUUGUGCAAGAAGAAGCAGCAGCAAUCAGGCAAAAUACCUGAAAAAAAAGAAAAAUAAACGGUAAAACGAAGAAGUGGCGACAGCGAGCAGCAGCAGCAAGUCAAGGUAGCGCGCUAAAAGUUUAUUGUAAAAAUCAAAGUAGAAGGCACAAAGUGAUUUUUUUCUGCUUUCGAACAAACGAACGAACGUUAAACAACACAUAAAAACAAUAAAAUAUCAAAAUGGUGGAAGCAAUAGAGCGGUGGAGAACGGCUGCGUGAGCAGCGCGAGAUCUGAGCGCCAAUUAUAAAAUAACAACAACAAAAGCAACAAACAGUAACAGCAACAGCAAAAUAAGAAGAGGAAAGAACAGCAACCAAAAGCGAAACGAGCGCGCAACAGCCGCUGGAGGCAGCAGAGGAGCUCGUCGCCGCUCAUAAAGUACAUAAUAAAACAAAAUUUAAAUAAAGUGGAAGUGGAAGUUUGAGCUCAAAGCAUUAACUGAGAGCAACAACAACAACAAAAACAAUAGCAGAAGGAGUGGAACAAACUCGAAAAGUGUAACAAAUAGAAAAAUAACAUCACACAGCAACAAUACAAACAUAACAUACAAACACAAUGUACGGGAAAUCUAAGACAUCCGCCGUGCCGUCUGAUGCGCAGGCCAGAGAGAAAUUGGCUCUUUAUGUGUACGAAUAUCUGCUGCACGUGGGCGCCCAAAAGGCGGCACAGACAUUCCUCUCCGAGAUCCGAUGGGAGAAGAACAUAACGCUUGGUGAACCGCCGGGAUUUCUGCAUACCUGGUGGUGCGUCUUUUGGGAUCUGUACUGUGCGGCGCCGGAGCGUCGCGAUCAGUGCGAUCACAGCUCGGAGGCGAAAGCCUUCCACGAUUAUGGCUUUGUCAGCUCCGGCUACGGUGUGAACGGCAUUGGACCCGGCGGACCACACAAUGCCGGUGGCCCAGCGCCCAGUCCCCUCGGCCAGAUGCCGCCGGGCGGUGAUGGCGGCCCGAUGGGACCCGGUGGACCGAUGGGUCCUAAUUUCUUCCCAAAUACGACAAUGCGGCCGUCGCCGCCAACGCACGCCUCGAGUCCACAGCCUCCACCUUCGCAGAUGAUGCCUGGUCAGCCGCCUUUCAUGGGCGGUCCGCGAUAUCCUGGCGGACCACGGCCCGGCGUGCGCAUGCAGGGCAUGGGCAAUGAAUUCAACGGCCCUCCAGGACAGCCCAUGAUGCCUAACAGCAUGGAUCCAACGCGGCCGGGACCAGGCGGCGGCAUGGGUCCUAUGAAUCCGCGCAUGAAUCCGCCGCGUGGCCCCACUAUGGGCCCAAUGGGCUAUGGCGGUCCGGGCGGUAUGCGCGGCCCUGCGCCAGGCGGACCCGGCGGCAUGCCGCCAAUGGGCAUGGGCGGCGGAGGUGGUCGACCGCCCCAAUGGCAGCCAAAUGCAUCGGCGCCUAUGAACGCGUACUCGUCAUCAUCGCCGGGUAACUACGGACCCGGACCCGGCUCGAAUGGUCCGCCUGGCCCCGGAACGCCGAUCAUGCCCUCGCCGCAGGAUAACACGCAAGGUGGUCCCGUCGGCGGACCCGGCGACAGCAUGUACUCAUUAAUGAAACCAGAAUUUCCCAUGGGUGGUGGCCCUGACGGUGGUGGUGGUGGCGGCGGACCCGGCGGCAUGGGCCCCAUGGGUGGUGGUCCCAACUCGAUGGGGCCGGUACUUAAUGGUGGUGGCGGAGGACCCGACGGUAGCGGUCUUGAUGGUAUGAAGAACUCACCAGCUAACGGGGGACCGGGUACGCCGCGCGAAGAUUCCGGCAGCGGCAUGGGCGAUUACAAUUUAGGCGGCUUUGGCGGCCCCGGCGAGAACGAUCAAACCGAAUCGGCAGCCAUACUCAAGAUCAAAGAGAGCAUGCACGAGGAGGCCAAGCGGUUUGAGAAAGACACAGAUCAUCCGGACUACUUCAUGCCAUAACAACAUCAUCAUCACCACCAUCAUCAGCAGCAACAGCAGCAGCAUCAGCAACAUCUCAAUACGGUGGCAGCUGCAGUGGCAGCUGUCGUUGCUGCUGCCGCAUCCAACAGCACCGGUGGAGGGACAAGCAGCUCAACGGCCGCAUCCAUAGCUGCUGCGGCGCUUGGCGCAGCAGCCUCCAAUUUGCUAAGUGGCGGCAGUAGCAAUAACAACAACAACAACAACAACCAAUCUGGCAAUCCGACUGUGUCCACUGGCGCGCAUUUUGCAAAGGAACUCAAUUUCUAAAUACACGAUAGUGAAAAUCCUUGGGUACAUAAGCAUAAAGUAAAGUAAAGUAAUUAUUAUAUGUAAUAGUUUAAAAAAGAAAAAAAAAAUAAUAACAAGAGAAAAACGAAAGCCAAUGGCAAAUAUGUAAAAUUGUAAACCGAACAGCAGCAAAUAAUAAGCAAAGCAAAAGCAAAAAGAAAUUAACAAAAAAAAAACAAUAUUCCACAACUCACAUUCAAAUUCAAAUGCUAGUUGAAC